CUUCCGGCGUGGAGGGGCGGGGCGCGAGGCUGAGGCAGCAGCUGGGGCAGCUAGGGGAGCGGCCGGGUGGCCGGCGGGCUCAAGCCGCCAUGGAGGCUGUGCCCCGCAUGCCCAUGAUCUGGCUGGACCUGAAGGAGGCCGGUGACUUCCUCUUCCAGCCGGCGGUAAAGAAGUUUGUCCUGAAGAAUUAUGGGGAGAACCCAGAAGCCUAUAAUGAGGAACUGAAGAAACUGGAGUUGCUCAGACAGAAUGCGGUCCGUGUCCCACGGGACUUUGAGGGCUGCAGUGUCCUCCGCAAGUACCUAGGCCAGCUCCACUACCUGCAGAGUCGGGUCCCCAUGGGCUCGGGCCAAGAGGCCGCUGUUCCUGUCACCUGGACCGAGAUCUUCUCUGGCAAGUCUGUGGCCCAUGAGGACAUCAAGUAUGAGCAGGCCUGCAUUCUCUACAACCUCGGGGCACUGCACUCCAUGUUGGGGGCCAUGGACAAGCGAGUGUCUGAGGAGGGCAUGAAGGUCUCCUGCACUCACUUCCAGUGCGCGGCAGGCGCCUUUGCCUACCUGCGUGAGCACUUCCCUCAUGCCUACAGCGUUGACAUGAGUCGCCAGAUCCUCACUCUCAAUGUCAACCUCAUGCUGGGCCAGGCUCAGGAGUGCCUUCUGGAGAAGUCAAUGUUGGACAACAGGAAGAGCUUUCUGGUGGCCCGCAUCAGUGCACAGGUGGUGGAUUACUACAAGGAGGCAUGCCGGGCCUUGGAGAACCCUGACACCGCCUCGCUGCUGGGCCGGAUCCAGAAGGACUGGAAGAAGCUCGUACAGAUGAAGAUCUACUACUUUGCAGCUGUGGCUCAUCUGCACAUGGGGAAGCAGGCUGAGGAGCAGCAGAAGUUCGGGGAGCGGGUCGCAUACUUCCAGAGUGCCCUGGACAAGCUUAAUGAAGCCAUCAAGUUAGCCAAGGGCCAGCCUGACACUGUGCAAGAUGCGCUUCGCUUCACUAUGGAUGUCAUUGGGGGAAAGUACAAUUCUGCCAAAAAGGACAAUGACUUCAUCUACCACGAGGCUGUCCCAGUACUGGACACCCUGCAGCCCGUGAAAGGUGCCCCCUUGGUAAAGCCCUUACCAGUGAACCCCACAGACCCGGCCGUCACGGGCCCUGACAUCUUUGCCAAACUGGUACCCAUGGCUGCCCACGAAGCGUCGUCACUGUACAGUGAGGAGAAGGCCAAGCUGCUUCGGGAGAUGAUGGCCAAGAUUGAGGACAAGAAUGAAGUCCUGGACCAGUUCAUGGAUUCGAUGCAGUUGGAUCCGGAGACCGUGGACAACCUUGAUGCGUACAGCCACAUCCCGCCCCAGCUUAUGGAAAAGUGUGCCGCUCUCAGUGUCCGGCCCGACACCGUCAGGAACCUUGUCCAGUCCAUGCAGGGAACUGCGCCCCCCCUCCCCCGACACCCCCUAGUGCUGUCAGGUGUGUUCACGGAUGUGGAGGCCUCCCUGAAGGACAUCAGGGAGCUGCUGGAGGAGGAUGAGCUGCUUGAGCAGAAGUUGCAGGAGACCCUGGGCCAGGCCGGGGCCAGCCUGGCGGGAGGGGCCGGCUCCAAGGCAGAGCUGGCCGAGGUGAGGCGAGACUGGGCCAAGUACAUGGAGGUCCACGAGAAGGCCUCCUUCACCAACAGCGAGCUGCACCGCGCCAUGAAUCUGCACGUCGGUAACCUGCGCCUGCUCAGCGGGCCGCUGGACCAGGUCCGGGCUGCCCUGCCCACGCCAGCCCUCACCCCAGAGGACAAGGCCGUGCUGCAGAAUCUGAAGCGCAUCCUGGCCAAGGUGCAGGAGAUGCGGGACCAGCGCGUGUCCCUGGAGCAGCAGCUGCGUGAGCUUAUCCAGAAGGAUGACAUCACCGCGUCACUGGUGACCACGGACCACUCGGAGAUAAAGAAGCUGUUCGAGGAGCAGCUGAAGAAGUAUGACCAGCUGAGGGUGUACCUGGAGCAGAACCUGGCGGCCCAGGACAACGUCCUGCGGGCGCUGACAGAGGCCAACGUGCAGUACGCGGCCGUGCGGCGGGUGCUUAGUGACCUGGACCAAAAGUGGAAGUCCACACUGCAGACCCUGGUGGCCUCCUGUGAGGCCUAUGAGGACCUGAUGAAAAAGUCCCAGGAGGGCAAGGACUUCUAUGCCGACCUGGAGAGCAAGGUGGCUGCCCUCUUGGAACGGGCCCAGUCCACCUGCCAGGCCCGAGAGGCUGCCCGCCAGCAGCUCCUGGACAGGGAGCUGAAGAAGAAGCCACCCCCACGGCCCACCGCCCCGAAGCCGCUGCUGCCCCGGAGGGAGGAAGGAGAGGCGGUAGAGACAGCAGACCUGCCUGAAGAGCUGCGCAGCCUGCCUCCAGACAUGGUGGCCGGCCCACGGCCACCCGACACCUACUUGGGAGCCGCCGCCCCUCUCCACUUUCCUCCCGGCCCCUUCCCCAGUGUUGCAGGCCCGGGACCCCACUAUCUCUCAGGACCCUUACCUCCUGGUACCUACUCGGGCCACACCCAGGUAUUGCCACCCAGGGUCCCCCAGGCCCCAGGACACCCUGCAAUGGCCAUGGCCCCCGGACCUGCCCUCUACCCGGCCCCUGCCUACACACCAGAGCUGGGCCUCGUGCCCCGAUCCUCCCCACAGCACGGCGUGGUGAGCGGCCCCUAUGCGGGGGUAGGGCCACCCCCACCGGUGGCAGGUCUACCCUCAGCCCCACCUCCCCAGUUUUCGGGCCCUGAGUUGGCCAUGGGGGUUCGGCCAGCCACCACCACGGUAGAUAGCAUCCAGGCUCCCAUCUCCAGCCACACGGCACCACGGCCAAACCCUAGCCCUGCUCCUCCCCAGCCCUGCUUCCCGGUGUCCCCACCGCAGCCACAACUGCUUCCUGCACCCUACACCUACCCUCUGGGGACCAAGCAACCCCUCACAGCUCCCCCUGCCCAGCACCACUUUCCUCCUGGGAUUCCCCCAGGUUUUCCAGCCCCGAGGGUGGGGCCCCAGCCCCAGCCCCAGCCCCAGCCCCAGCCCCAGCCUCAGCCUCAUCCCACAGGAGUAGCAUUUGGGCCCCAGCCCCCGCAGCAGCCCCUUCCACUCCAGCAUCCGAACCUCUUCCCACCCCAGGCUCCAGGGCGGGUACCCCUCCAGCCCUCCCAGCCCCCCCAGCCUCCCUAUCCCUUCACCCCUCAGCCUGGUGUCCUGGGACAGCCAACGCCGCCCCUGCACACACAGCUCUACCCAGGCCCCUCUCAGGACCCUCUGCCGCCCCAUUCAGGGGCUCUGCCCUUCCCCAGCCCUGGGCCACCUCAGUCUCCCCAUCCCACCUUGGCAUAUGGUCCUGCCCCUUCCUCCCGGCCUCUGGGCCCCCAGGCAGCCCCUCUCUCCAUUCGAGGUCCCUCACCUGCUGGCCAGCCCCCGCCCAACCCCCACCUGGUGCCUUCUCCGGCCCCAUCACCGGGGCCUGGCCCGGUACCUCCUCAGCCCCCCGCAGCAGAGCCGCCCCCGUGCGCGCGCCGGGGCACCGCGACCGCGGACCUGCUCUCCUCCAGCCCUGAGAGUCAGCACGGGGGCGCACAGCCCCCCGGGGGCGGGCAGCCCCUGCUGCAGCCUACGAAGGUGGACGCGGCUGAGGGCCGCCGGCCACAGGCCCUGCGGCUGAUUGAGCGGGACCCCUACGAGCGCCCCGAGAGGCUGCAGCAGUUGCAGCAGGAGCUGGAGGCCUUCAGGGGCCAGCUGGGCGACGCAGGGGCUCUGGACGCCGUGUGGCGAGAGCUGCAGGAAGCACAGGAACAGGACGCCCGGGGCCGGUCCAUCGCCAUCGCGCGCUGCUACUCGCUGAAGAACCGGCACCAGGACGUCAUGCCCUACGACAGUAACCGCGUGGUGCUGCGUUCGGGCAAGGAUGACUACAUCAACGCCAGCCGCGUGGAGGGGCUCUCGCCGUACUGCCCGCCCUUGGUGGCCACCCAGGCACCACUGCCCGGCACAGCCGCUGACUUCUGGCUCAUGGUGCACGAGCAGAAGGUGUCGGUCAUCGUCAUGCUGGUGUCUGAGGCUGAGAUGGAGAAGCAAAAGGUGGCACGCUAUUUCCCCACUGAGAGGGGCCAGCCCAUGGUGCACGGUGCCCUGAGCCUGGCGCUGAGCAGCGUCCGCGCCACCGAGACCCACGUGGAGCGCGUGCUGAGCCUGCAGUUCCGCGACCAGAGCCUCAAGCGCUCGCUCGUGCACCUCCACUUCCCCACGUGGCCCGAGUUAGGCCUGCCCGACAGCCCCAGCAACUUGCUGCGCUUCAUCCAGGAGGUGCACGCGCACUACCUGCAUCAGCGGCCCCUGCACACGCCGGUCAUCGUGCACUGCAGCUCCGGGGUGGGCCGGACCGGGGCCUUUGCGCUGCUCUACGCGGCUGUGCAGGAGGUAGAGGCCGGAAACGGGAUCCCCGAGCUGCCCCGGCUGGUGCGGCGCAUGCGGCAGCAGAGGAAACACAUGCUGCAGGAGAAACUGCACCUCAGGUUCUGCCACGAGGCGGUGGUGAGACACGUGGAGCAAGUGCUGCAGCGCCACGGUGUGCCCCCUCCGGGCAGGGCUCCGGCCGGCACAGGCAGCAGUCAGAAGAAUCACCUUCCUCAGGACUCCCAGGACCUGGUUCUCGGUGGAGACGUGCCCAUCAGCUCCAUCCAGGCCACCAUCGCCAAGCUCAGCAUUCGGCCUGCUGGGGGCCUGGAUUCUCCGGCUGCCGGCCUCCCUGCCCCUGUAGAGCCCCCAGGCCUGCCGCCAGCCAGCCUCCCGGAGUCGGCCCAGCUCCCCUCCUCCUCCCCACCCCCUCUCUCUUCACCGCUGCCCGAGGUCCCCCAGCCUGAGGAGGAACAGCCAGCACCUGCGCCUCCCAGCCUGGGGCCCCCCUCUUCCUCCCUGGAGCUGUUGGCCUCCCUAACCCCGGAGGCCUUCUCCCUGGACAGCUCCUUGCGAGGAAAGCAGCGGAUGAGCAAGCAGAACUUUCUGCAGGCCCAUAAUGGGCAGGGUCUGCGGGCUGCCAGGCCCACCGAUGACCCCCUUAGCCUUCUGGAUCCGCUCUGGACGCUCAACAAGACCUGAACAGGCUUUGCCUACCCGGUUUUUCCGCCACAUCCUCUCCCACGCCGGUCUGCCCAUGCCUAGCAGGGCCUCUCAGGUGGGCCUGGCCUCUCACUCCCAUUCCCACUGCCUUCAGCCCUACCUGGCCCAGCCCGCACCCCUGUGGGGUUGAGACGUAUCGCGGCCCUUGGGUCAAGUUCUCCUUUGUGGGACCUGACAUUUUUCAGCUCUUUGCUAUUAAAGUAAUCAACCAA